CGGUCACCGUCCGACUGCCACUCAUGGGUUGGACCGUAUAUAUAUGGAGGGUUCCCACGCAGGUAGGUACUCGAAGCAUCACUAACACCAAUUUCCACAAACAUGUACUACAGCAGCGGCAACUACGAGGCUUUUGCUCGACCACGCAAGCCCGAAGGCGUUGACGGCAAGACAGCAUGGUUCGUCGGGUCUGGUCUCGCCUCCUUGGCUGGAGCAGCUUUUCUUGUUCGAGAUGGCCAGAUGCCAGGGAAGAACAUCACAAUACUUGAAGAACUGGACCUGCCUGGGGGAGCACUGGACGGCAUCGACGAACCCGAGAAGGGCUUCGUCAUUCGUGGAGGGCGGGAAAUGGAGAGCCAUUUCGAGUGUCUCUGGGAUCUUUUCCGGUCAAUUCCCUCAUUGGAAGUCCAAGACGCGUCUGUGCUAGACGAGUUCUACUGGCUCAACAAGGACGACCCCAAUUCUUCAUUGCAGCGGGCUACUGUUCAGCAAGGUCAAGACGCACACACUGACGGCCUAUUUGGCCUGAGUGGUAGUGCGCAAAAGGAUAUCAUGCGAGUAUUCAUGACGCCCCGGAAAGACGUGGAAGGCAAGCGUAUCAAUGAAGUCGUUGGCCGCGAUUUUCUGCAAAGCAAUUUCUGGAUGUACUGGCGGACCAUGUUCGCAUUUCAAGAAUGGCAUUCGGCACUCGAGUUCAAGCUCUACCUUCACAGAUUCAUCCAUCAUAUUGGAGGAAUGCCGGAUUUCUCGACUCUAAAAUUCACCAAGUACAACCAAUACGAAUCCCUUGUUCUGCCGCUCUAUAAAUGGCUACUAGGCCAUGGAGUCAAGUUUCAGUACAAGACACAAGUUGUGGACGUGGAUUUCUCUUUUGAUGGAGGAAAAAAGCAAGCUACCCGUAUUCAGUGGAUCAAGGAAGGCCAGACAGGAGGUGUCGACCUGACUUCUAAUGACUUACUAUUCAUGACCAUCGGCUCCUUGACAGAGAAUUCCAGCACAGGCGACCAUCAGACACCUGCUAAGCUCGACAAUGGGCCAGCACCAGCAUGGGACUUGUGGCGCCGCAUUGCAGCGAAAGACCCAUCUUUCGGCAGACCGGACGUCUUCGGCUCUCACAUCCCCGAGUCAAAAUGGCAGUCCGCAACAGUUACCACCUUGGACGAGCGCAUUCCCAAGUACAUCCAGAAAAUCUGCAAACGCGAUCCAUUCAGCGGCAGAGUCGUGACAGGCGGCAUUGUGACGAUCAAGGACUCCAGCUGGCUACUCAGCUGGACGGUCAAUCGCCAACCACACUUCAAAAAGCAACCGGACGGUCAGAUCGUGGUCUGGCUCUACUCGCUGUUCGUCGAUGUCCCCGGGGAUUUUGUCAAGAAACCAAUGCAGGACUGCACGGGCGAGGAGGUCACGCAAGAAUGGCUCUACCAUCUCGGCGUGCCUGUGGAGGAUAUCCCACACCUCGCAAGCACUGGCGCCAGAUGCGUGCCCGUCAUGAUGCCGUAUGUCACGUCAUUCUUUAUGCCCCGGCACGCAGGCGAUCGGCCGGACGUGGUGCCGCAAGGAUCUGCGAAUUUCGCUUUCAUAGGCCAAUUCGCCGAGACAACGCGCGACACCAUCUUCACGACCGAGUAUUCGGUCCGAACGGGCAUGGAGGCGGUCUAUCAAUUGCUCAACGUCGAGCGCGGGGUGCCUGAAGUGUUCAACUCAACAUACGAUAAUCGCACCUUGCUUGCUGCAAUAAACAAGCUUCGUGAUGGGAAGGAACUGGACGCGCCCUUACCAGAGUUCCUGAGAAAUUGGAUCGUACGGAAAAUGGAUAACGAGGUCGGGAACCUUCUGAAAGACAAUCAUUUAAUUUGAGAAGCAUAGCUAGGUGUAGAUCAUAGAAUACACAUCUUCAGGAUA